UCUGACUGGUCGCUGGAGUUUUUGCCCUCUGUUCCCGGGCCCCUCAGGCAGCACCCCCGGUGGGCACACGCUCAGGCACUGCUUCUGUCCCGCGCUCCCUCCCUCUGUCUGUCACUUCCCAGCUGCCAAGAUCUUGGAAGCUUUGAAGCUCAGCAAAGAAGGGGAUUCAUUGAGAAUAGUCUGUAAAGGUAUCCCAAAUCGCCUGCCUGCCUAGACCCUGGGUAAAAGCCUUGUGCAUCCUGCCACUGAGCACUGAGGAGGUAACAGUCAUCGGAGAGAUUCCAAACUGCAACUGACUACUAAAGAAACUACUAAUGAUCAAGUUUGGAUGCAGUGCCCAAGAAAAAUACUAAUACUCACUUGUAAAAGCUAUUAAAAUACUCCUCCUGGAUUUUCUUGACAUACUUCAGUGAAAACAAUACAUCCGAUGACACAAUGUAGAAGCAGAUUUCAACUGUUAGAAAAUGUCAUUCCGAUUUGGCCAACAUCUCAUCAAGCCCUCUGUGGUAUUUCUAAAGACAGAACUGUCCUUUGCCCUUGUGAACAGGAAACCUGUGGUACCAGGACAUGUCCUUGUGUGUCCCCUUCGGCCAGUGGAGCGCUUCCGAGAUCUGCAUCCCGAUGAAGUGGCUGAUUUGUUUCAGGCAACCCAGAAAGUCGGCACGGUGGUGGAAAAGCAUUUCCAGGGGACUUCUCUUACCUUUUCUAUGCAGGACGGCCCCGAAGCUGGACAGACUGUGAAGCAUGUUCACAUUCAUGUUCUUCCCAGAAAGGCUGGAGACUUUCACAGGAAUGACAGCAUCUAUGAUGAGCUCCAGAAACAUGACAAAGAGGAGGAGGACUCCCCAGCCUUGUGGAGAUCGGAGGAGGAAAUGGCAGCAGAAGCUGCAGCACUGAGGGUCUACUUUCAGUGACCCAGGCAUGAAAAGUAACGUGAACAAAUCCCAAGGCAUGAGGAAGUGGGCCUCGUUCUCUAGGACCCCGCAGCGUUGGAAACGAAGCUGAGCAGACUUUAUUACAUCCUACAAUUCUGCAACCUUUCGCAAAGCAUUUUAUUACACUUGUGGAAGUCAACAGGGUUACAUUUCAAUCAUGAUGACUGACAGGCUAACUUCAAAACAACAGCAUCGGCAGCCUUCCACACUUCCUGGUCUGUCUACUUAGAACAGAACCCUUCCUGAAUUGUUCCUUGGCCUGGGUGGAAAUAA